GGAGCAAAUCAGGGCACCUCCACCAUGGCCUGGACUCCUCUCCUCCUCGGAUUCCUGGCUCACUGCACAGGUUCUGUGGCCUCCUAUGUGUUGACUCAGCUGCCUUCAGUGUCAAUGAACCUGGGAAAGACCGCCAGCAUCACCUGUGAGGGAAAUAACAUAGGAAAUAACUAUGCUUAUUGGUACCAGCAGAAGCCUGGCCAGGCCCCCGUGCUGAUUAUUUAUGAGGAUAGCAAGCGGCCCUCAGGGAUCCCUGAGCGAUUCUCCGGCUCCAGCUCGGGGAACACGGCCACCCUGACCAUCAGCGGGGUCAGGGCCGAGGAUGAGGCUGACUAUUACUGUCAGGUGUGGGACAGCAGUGAUAAGGCUCACAGUGACACAGGCAGAUGGGGAAGACCUGCCUACAGGCUCAGCCGCCACAGGACCCUGAGCAUGACCCCGACCCUGAGCUCAGUCCAGAAGGGCAUGCUGGACCCCCAGAAUCUCCAGAAACUGCAGGCCCUCUGGUCACCUGUAAGACACAACUGCCCCCUGGAGAGGGUCACGAGAUCCCUGUCUUUCUCACUGGCCCAGGAGAGCAGUGCUAGAAGACCAAGCAGUAAUGCUGAGCAGAGCCAGCAGGACCCAGACCAGGGCCCAGCACAGCCAAACAGCUUGCACCAGCCCCACAGAUUCUCCAUUUCUAUCCUGGAACAUGAUGCCAUUGACCCUUCCAAUGCAAGGUGA